AUGUCAAAGAUCAAUGGCAGCUGCGCAUUUGAUGGCUCAUCAACAACUAGGAGGCUUCCAACGCCAGGAAAAGCCACUGUGCUUGCGAUUGGUAAGGCCUUCCCAAGCCAACUCAUUCCACAGGACUGCUUGGUUGAAGGCUUUUUCCGUGACACCAAUUGCGUUGAUGUUGCUAUGAAAGAGAAAUUGGAACGCUUGUGUAAAACAACUACUGUGAAAACCAGAUACACAGUAAUGUCGAAGGAAAUCUUAGAAGAAUACCCAGAACUAGCAACAGAAGGCACAGCAACUAUUGCUCAAAGGCUUACGAUAGCAAACCAAGCCGUAACUGAGAUGGCUAAACAAGCUAGUUUAGAAUGCUUCAAACAAUGGGGAAGGUCUGCACAAGACAUUACUCAUGUAGUCUAUGUAUCAUCAAGUGAAAUUAGGCUGCCAGGAGGUGAUCUUUACCUCGCUAGUGAACUUGGGCUCAGAAACGAUGUUAAUCGUGUAAUGCUAUACUUUUUGGGAUGCUAUGGAGGUGUUACAGGCCUUAGAAUUGCUAAAGAUAUUGCAGAAAACAACCCUGGAAGCAGAGUAUUGUUGGCCACUUCUGAGACCACCAUUUUAGGAUUUCGACCACCAAACAAGUCUCGUCCUUAUGAUCUAGUAGGAGCUGCUCUUUUUGGUGAUGGAGCUGCAGCUGCAGUUAUUGGGGCUGACCCGAUAGCCAAUGUUGAGUCCCCGUUCAUGGAACUGAGCUAUGCGGUCCAACAGUUCCUCCCCGGGACUCAUAAUGUGAUUGAUGGUCGGCUUACUGAGGAGGGAAUAAAUUUCAAGCUUGGACGUGAUUUGCCUCAAAAGAUUGAUGAUAACAUUGAAGUGUUCUGCAAGAAGUUGAUGGACAAAGCGGGUAACUUUAAGGACUUCAACGAGUUGUUUUGGGCGGUGCAUCCUGGUGGUCCAGCUAUAUUGAACCGGUUGGAGACUACAUUGAAGUUGGGAGGGGAGAAACUUGAUUGUAGUAGGAGGGCCUUGAUGGACUUUGGAAAUGUAAGCAGUAACACUAUAUUUUAUGUGAUGGAGUAUAUGAGGGAUGAGUUGAUGAACAAAGAGAAUAGUGAAGAAUGGGGGCUUGCUCUAGCUUUUGGCCCGGGGAUCACUUUUGAAGGCAUUCUUCUUCGUAGCCUCAACUAA